AGCUCAAAACCUUAAUCCCCCCCUACCGUUACGCAGGCAGUGCGAAGGAUGUAUUCCCCGCUGCUGCAUGCAUUAUUCUUCUCUGUGGCAGCCACUGCCCGGAAGUGUGAUGGAUCUUGCGAGGCAGCGGAGGCACGAGGGUUGCUCCAGAAGAAGGCAUCUCUGGACCAGCUGGUGAAUGUCAUCGAACACAUGCGCGAGGACGUGGCAAAGAUGAGGGAGCACGAACAAGAGCGGACCAAUGAGGAGAAACGCAUGAAAGAGGAAGUGGACAGCAUCAGAAGUUCUAUGAAAGACUUUGCGGGUACUUAUUUGGCCCCGGCUGGGCCUUCCUCUUCUUUGGCAAACAAAACGGCUUUGUUCCAAGGCUGCGCAGCAAAAUCCCAGAAGCUUCGAAUAGAGGCGCACGCAGAAAACCGAGAUCAAGCUGCGGUGGCAUCAGUGCACUCGGCUUGCCCAGCUGGGGAGUUGAAACUCCGCGACUACUCAGCCUCCAGCUUCGCUGAAGGCUGUUGCCCCGAAAGCAGCACCACCUGUGCUGGCUGCGCCGUGAGCAGCGCUGGCAGUUGCCAGAAGUGCGCUGGGGGCUUCUUGCUUCGAGCAGGCAAGUGUAUAUCCUGCGCCGACACUGUGGGCUGGGCGAGUUCGGCCGGCCUCACCUGUGCUCAGCUGCCGACCGGCGGCUGCGACGAUGUUAAGGUCAAAGGCCUCAGCAGCAAUGAGGCAUGCUGUCAGUGCGGGGGAGGCCACGUGACGGCCACGCCAUUCGCCUACGAGGUCCGGCACUGGGCGUUGGGAGAUACCGUGUCCAUGACUCCCACGCCCCGGACCGCGGAGCGCUACUCCCUGGACGAAGGCUGUGAGUUGGCGAACUACAACCUCACCAUGGACGGGGCCACGGGGGUUGUCUCCUCCGUGCCAGGUCGUGAUCCGGCACAAGAGGCCUUCAGUGUCGAGUGCACAGUCACCGCGCACCAGGCGGCAGGCGUGACCUUCGAUGCCAAGGUCCGCGUGGCUAUGGACUGGCUUGCCUAUUCCGUGCCCGUGCUGCUCUUCGAGAGCCCCUCCAGCUUUCCAGCCAUGAAGGCGCCAGGUACCUGGAAGGACUUCAGCACCACCUGCGCGCCGCAGACGGCCUGGCUGCAGGUGGACGCUAGCGGUACGCUCACCCGCGGCACCAGCAACUCUGCUGGUGCUGUCGCCACGGAAGAUACGGCCCUGGCAGGGCAGAGCGGCGGUGUUUGCGUGGUCUCUGCAUGGCAUUUGCCGCCGGCAAGCACCAAAUGGCAACAGCGAACCGCCAAGGUGGUGGCGAUUUGGCCGCAGCCGUGGGCCAGCCUCCGCUACGAGGCCAGCGCCGUGUCGGUGACGCUGGGAGAGCAGCUGCCCGUUUUGAGCCUGGUGCCGCCUGCGGGAGAGGGCUUGCUGAAGCCCUCCAACUUCUUUGUGGCCUGCGACGCCUCGCCGGCUUUGAACUGGUCCUUCGACUCUCUGCUGGGCACUGGGCUGCUGGAGGGCCACUCCUUGCUGGAGGUCUCCGAGGAUGGCGGCAUCUCAAUUUCCCCUGGUGCCGAGAUGUCGGCGAUCUUCGACGCUUUGCCCAGCUUUGGUAGUACCCGCAAGAAGGUGUUUCUGAGCUGCGGGGUCUGGGGCGUCUUUCCCGACGAGUCCCUGGCGCCGGUGAAAGCGAAUUUGAUCAUCGGGGUGCUGGACAAUGUGUGCUGGGUCGCCAAGGCCUUCAAGAGCUUCUACAUCAUGGACGCAGCGAGUUCUGAGGCAGACUGUCGAGCCAACUGCCGGGCGGACGCUAAGUGUCCGAGCUUCCUGUGGGUGGCCGGGGAGUGCCGCAGGCACAUGGCUCAUGCCACCGGCACCACGGUGAACGCCUGGGCCAAGGUCACGGACUGCACGGCGGAGGCGGCGUGCCUGGAGGUGUCCAGCGGCAGCUGGUACUCCUCGGGGCUCUUCUGCCCGGUGACGGCGGAUUUGUUUCGCAGCGACGUGCUGUACCUCAAGGAGGGCGCCACCCCGCAGGAGACGCUGUAUCUCGGCAAGUACGUGGCUGCAAUCGACGGUCCCCUGGACGGUUGCAGCGAUGGGAGUUGGAUCCUUCGCCAGGCUGACUCGAGCAAGGACUACAUCAAGCCAGACUCGGGGGAGGUGGAGCUCGGGGGCACAGUGGUGCAGUGCCUGUCGGGCGGGGUGAGCUUUGGGGUAGCCACCUGCGGGAAGCCCAACAUCACGGAGCCGGAGGAAGGCCUGGCGCCCAUGGUGGUGGACGACCCCCACACCACGGCCCCGGCGGAUUACUGGCUGCACCCUUGCGAGUGCGCGCCAGCGGCCUGGGGCAUGGAGAAGCCCGUCAACCCUGAGUCCUUCGAGUCGGUGCCUGGGAAGAGCGGUAACAAGUUCAUCCCACCGGCCUUCAUGCUGGUGAGCGGGCAGUUCGUGUGCCCUGCGCGGUUUCUGCUGACGAACGGGGUCCACUUCGAGACGGAGACCGAGUCCAUGGAGCGCUCGGAUUGCGAGGCUCGGUGCAAGGCCCAGCAGAGCUGCGUGGUCUUUUGGCAGGGCAACCAGCAGGGCGCCAACACCUGCCGCCUGUACUCGGCGUGCCCCCACCUGGUGCGGGAGCUGGGCCUGGAGGGCAAGCUGGAAGCCGUGCCGCGCUCCCAGGCUUGUCAAGUGGCGGACCCCGAGUUGUGCUGGGCCACCAGCCUGCGCCGGGCCAGCCUCACCGCGGGCCGGGCGCAGCCCUUCUGGUACUGGGAGUUGCACCAGCAGUGCGACGAGCAGCUGCUUCUCGGGGGCGGCGGCGUGGACGCCUGCGCCCGGCCCACCUACCGGGACAUCACCAGUCACGCCUGGGAGCACAAGAUGCAGCUCCCGGACAGCUUUCUGCAUGGCACACAGCUGAAGGUCUCCUGCUGGACGGAGCGCUACAGUGGGCUCAUGGGCUCCGGCGCAGCCAGCGAGGCCACACUGUUCUGUGUGAACGGGCGCUGGUUCAAUGGCCAGAACCAGCCUGAGCUCGGCUCCUUCUCCUGCGAGGCAUGCGUGCAGGUGGGUGGCUCUGGGUACAAGGACCUGGAGCGGCGGAACGAACAGGAGCUGUGGUUCUUCAACCGGAUGAAGCUGAGGCUUUCCACUGAGGUUCUGGACAAGAGCUACACCCAGGCGCAUUGCCUGCGCUUCGGCUCUGGCACGGAAGAUCUGAUGAUGGUGAUGCAGGACACUUGCGAAGCUUCACUCAUCGUGAAUUUCACGGGCAUCACCGACAGUGACAGCCGCGAGGUGAAGUUCCUGGAUCUGGUGGACGGCCGCGCCCAGUGCCUGGCGGAGUCUAUGUCGGGGGACCUCCCCAUAGCCAUCCACCAGAACUGCAGCCCCGCAGACGCGGCGCAGCAGAUUCCCAUAGAUGACUUGCCCGGCCUGCUGUGGAGGAUCCACACCAAGCACCACGAGGAGGCGGGGCACCGUCUCCGCAACGCCAUGGUGGACUGCUGGGGUCGGGGCGCCGUGGGCAAAGUGGACAUGCAGCACCUCUUCAAUACCAAUCCGGCCCAGACCGAAGGUUUCGUUGGACGCGCCACGUUUCCGGCGAACUUGCACGUGACCAGCCACGCCGGCACUUGGACAUACGUAUCCGGGUUGAAGUAUGGUUGGGCCAAGAAUGACUACUACCCUGAGGCUACCAGGGUUCGCGCCUGCAUCACCUUUAGUGAUAGUGCAACCUCGGGGAGCCUGCAGCUGCGGAUGAUCCAUGCAAGCGGCGCUGUGCAGUUCACGGACUCCUUUGUGAACACCUACUCUGGCACACAGCUGUUUCACCACAAGUGCGGCGUUUGGCACGACUUGUCAAGCGUCUACUGCGGCUGGGGCUGGGAUAAUUCCUGCGCACUGCAAUGGAAGUAUCAUGCAGGGGCGGACGUGUACAUCAAGAGCUUUGAGCUUGAGAUGGGCAGCAACGACCCCGCACACUCGCGGGCCUUUCGGGGACGCUUCGACCUGCCCGUGCACUUUGACCAGGUGGUGGCUGCAAACAGCUGGUAUCAAAUCGGAUACUACGAGAGUUGGAAGCGUGUGAACACAGGCCUGGCCACGUGGUCUUACCCGGACGCCAAGUACAUCCGCUCUUGCAUCGUUUUCACGGACAAGUCUGCCGGCGGCAACCUGGUCGUGGCCAUGAAGAGCGACAACGGGGUCGUGCAGUUCCAGGACACCUUCACCGGUACCUGGUCGAACAAUGGACUGGUGCACUCGGACUGCGGUGCAUGGCACCCCAUCAGCGAUGUCAGUGGCUGCGGUUUCGGCUGGGGUGCCACCUGCCAACCCGAGAUCAAGCACACUGAAGGUGUGCAUGUGAAAGUGUGGCAGCUUGAUCUGGAGAUGAAGAGCGACGACCCCAACGUGAACACUGCCUUUUUGGGCCGGGUGAGUUUGGACGCGACAACUCACAUCGCCACCAACCCCGCGGUGACCAGCACCUGGUUCCGCAUCAGCGACCCCGGGAUCUUCAUCGAUGCCAACGACUAUCCCACAGCCACCGAGUUCCGAGCCUGCGUGGCCUUCACCGACAAUGGCCAAGGGGGCGGAGGACGCUUCCGUCAGACGCAGCAGGGCGGCAGCGCGACCCUGGCAGCGAGCAGCGUCUGCCGAGGCCAUGCAAACGUGCUGCGGGAGCUCUUUCAAUGCCGAGCCUGCGAUCAAGCUGCGUCAGAUGGCGCAACCGCGCUGCACUUGGCAGCCAUGGGCGGCCACGUUGCAGCCAGCCAGGUCUUGUUGGAAGCGCGGGCAGAUGCGCUGGCCUCUGCUGGGCGGCUCACAGCGAUGCAUCUUGCAGCCAGCCGUGGUCACAUCUCCUUGCUCCGACUCCUUCGCUCGGAGCCAGGGAAAGGAAGGCAACAUACCGGCCAUCAGCGCUGGAGUCUGCCAUUUCAGGCCGAUGCAUUGCUGCAGGCGGACGCCGGCAGCGGACGGGCGCGGCCAUGGUCGCCUAAGGAUUGUUUCAAAUUUUGCGGCGCCCUCCAGGGUGAGCACGUGUUCACAGGUGCCGGACAGGCAAAUGCGGGACACACAUGGAGACUGCCCUGA